AAUCUCCUCUCACUCGCCAUCAAAACCGUCAUCCAAUUCCAUAAACCCUAACCAUCUCUCUCGCUCCCGCUGUCCGUUCAACAACUCCUCCAAGAAUGGCUGAUCUCUCCAAGCUCUCUUGCUUCCUCCUCCUCCUCGCCUGCCUCGUGGCGGCCUCGUCGCCGGCGGCUUGCGCGGCCGUCACCUGCUCCCAGGUCACCACCACCUUGGCCCCCUGCAUCGGCUACCUGAGGGGUGCCGCCCCCUUGCCCGACACCUGCUGCUCUGGCGUCAAGUCCCUCAAUGGCGCGGCCCAGACCACGGCGGACCGCCAGGCAGCGUGCCGGUGCCUGCAGUCGGCUGCCGGGAGCAUCCCGGGGAUCGACUUUAACCUCGCCGCCGGCCUCCCAGGGAAGUGCGGCGUCAACGUGCCUUACAAGAUCAGCCCCUCCACCAACUGCAACUCCGUGAAGUGAGGUUCAUGAGCUCGGUCGUCGCUGAUGAUGGUAUGGUAACGUUGAAGAUGAUGAUAAUAAGAGGGACGUGGAUUAGUUCGCUGUAUCUGCACGGCAUGCUUUGUCGUUUUGUAGUAGGAGGUCUCGUGUCUGUUUUCUGUCUACGUACUUGUCUUUAUAUUAUGUGCUUCGGCCAGUGAAAUUAUCUCUA